AGUAACUUCCGGUCAGCACGCGCAAACUCUAAUUACCCGGAUGUCUUUGAACUCCAAAAUGGGUUAACAAUGACAUUCGUGUUUAAUGUCGCCCGUGUUUCCCGUUAUUUGGACCACUCGUGACUCCUCUUCGACCAGUUAUAACACCACCCCCGUCCCCCGGCAAAAGCGCUUGUAGGUCCGGGUUGGUCCGUAGUGGGUGGACGGUGUCAGUCUUUCCUCCACGUGUUGACACUCGGGAAGGAAGAGCCAAGAAAGGGGAGGGGGGGGGGGGUCAUACUGUACACCGCUACUGAGCUUAUCUGCCUCACUUGACUGCCUCCUGGCUCGAAAUUCACGCCGAUAUUUUUGCAACUUGUACCCGCCAGAGUUCAAAUUCGACCCCAACGACGACGUCCUUAAAUACGGACGCUAAGUUCGACUUGGCGUACAAUUCCUUCCCGAAUUAAAAGUUGUCCCCGGUGACAACGUCUUAAAGAUAAUUCCAGUCGCUUUUAUUCGAGCCUCCUAUGUGCUGUUUUGCCUGGACCGAGCGACUAAAUCACGAACCGACCAGCUCACCAUGAGCGGGGAGCCAGAGGAGAAGAAGCCCGGCGAAGAGCAGCAUGACCCGGACAAGCGCGCCAAGCUUGAGUCGGGGGAAGAACCGGAGAGUCUCCAGCGGCUCGGCGGUCCGAGUGAGCCGGGCACGAGCGACAAAGUGUGGGAGACGCGCUUGUACAAACGCCGCUGGGUUAUGGUGCUUCUUUUCAGCUCGUACUCGCUGUGCAACUCCUACCAGUGGAUCCAGUACGGCAUCAUCAGCAACAUCUUCAUGGAGUUCUACCAAGUGGACGCUUUCACCAUUGACUGGAUGUCCAUGAUCUACAUGCUGACCUACAUCCCAUUCAUCUUCCCAGUGACGUGGUUGUUGGACAAGAAGGGUCUGCGGGUGGUGGCCUUGGCCGCCACAGCGCUCAACUGCGCCGGGACGUGGCUGAAGGUCGGCAGCGUCCAGCGCCACCUGUUCGCCGUCACCUUCUUGGGGCAGUUCUGCUGCUCCUUGGCUCAGGUCUUCAUCCUCGGCAUGCCGUCCAGGAUCGCAUCCGUGUGGUUUGGGUCCAAUGAGGUGUCCACAGCUUGCUCCAUAGGGGUCUUUGGGAACCAGCUGGGAAUCGCCAUCGGCUUCCUUGUUCCGCCCAUCCUGGUGCCCAACGUGGCUGACAUGGACGAGCUAGCGCGCCACAUUAGCGUCAUGUUCUACAUCACGGCGGGAGUGGCCACCUUUCUAUUUGUACUCGUCGUCAUCGUCUUUCAGGAACGUCCCAAACUCCCCCCGACACAAGCCCAGGCCACGGCUCGUAGCAUCCCACCCGAGCAGUACUCCUACACGGCCUCCAUUUUGCGGCUUCUCCGCAACAAGCCCUUCAUUCUUCUCAUCAUCACCUAUGGCUUGAACGUAGGUUGUUUCUAUGCAGUUGGCACCUUACUAAACCGCAUGAUCAUCGAGCACUACCCGGGCGAAGAAGUGAACGCCGGCAGAAUCGGGCUCACUAUUGUCAUCGCCGGCAUGGUGGGCUCCCUCAUCUGCGGGGUGUGGUUGGACCGGACCAAAACCUACAAGCAGACCACCCUGGCCGUUUAUUUCAUGUCUCUUGUGGGUAUGAUCGUCUAUGCCGCUACACUAAACCUCGGGCACCUUUGGGUGGUCUUCAUCACUGCUGGAGUUCUUGGGUUCUUCAUGACGGGUUACUUGCCGCUGGGUUUUGAGUACGCGGUGGAGUUGACUUAUCCCGAAUCGGAAGGAACGUCCUCUGGACUGCUCAAUUGUUCUGCACAGGUGUUUGGCAUCAUCUUCACCAUCUGCCAAGGCCAGAUCAUUGACAAAUUUGGAACUCUGCCCGGCAACAUCUUCCUGUGUGUUUUUCUUUUCGUGGGCACCAUCAUGACUGGCUUCAUCAAGUCGGACCUGAGGCGACAGAAAGCUAACGCGUUAGCCAAAACGAAAGCGGAGGCCGCGACGGCGGGACCCGACUACGGCGCCACGGCGUUAAUGUCCACGUCGCAGACGCCGACUGCGAUAUAAAGCCUUCCCUAAAACCUCUCAAACAAAUCAUAGCGCCGCCUACAGACGCACUGAGGGACCAGCCGACAGCCCGCGGGGGAGCGCCGUCAUCAUCCAACAAACCAAGUUUUAAACCAGCAAAGCACUUACAACAGACCAAUCGCAUCGUUUACACCUGACAAGAGCGCUAUAUGUACAACUGUAAUACAAGACAAAUGAAUUCCAAUAUGCAACUUGACGUCAAUUCUGACGAAUACCUCGGACAAUCCCGAAUCACUUGACAAUUUUACCAGCAACAGUAUUGAAACUAUGAAUUUUCUAGAUAAUCAAAAUGUAUUUAUGACUAAUUUCAAGCACAAAAUAUGACGUGAUUUGUACGCUUUAUACACACAUAUUUACAUAUGAAUGUAUAUUUAUGUCAUAUUCAUGUUUACACUUUAACAUGAUAAAAAAAAUGGAAUGAGACCUUUGUUUUUUCCCCUUUACAGAACCUGAUUGCGCCUCCUCUUAUGGCCACAAGGUGGCGUCAUUGCUUUAAGGCUUCAGGCUAGUGGUAAUGCUUUCUUACAUUUAUUGUUAUGAGUUUAUUUUUAAAGUAAUAGAGUGAUUCUUUGUCACAUUACAUUUAUAUAAAAUUUACAGUUUUUAAAGGGGGGAGACAGCAUUUUUUUUAAAUGUACGCUAUAUUUUUAAUUUUUUAAUUUCAAAGGAAAGAAAACUUCACAUUCCUCUCAUGCAUUUUAGUUGUCAUUAAAAAAGCAAAAAGGGAAAGUUUUUAAAUUUACUUGCAGCUUAUCGAAGAACACUAAAUUAUGUACUAAAAACUUUUUUUUUUAUUCAUGUAAUUACAUUUUUUAAUUCCAUUA